AGACGAAGGACUGGUGGACAUAUGAGUUCUGCCAUGGUCUGCAUAUCAGACAGUACCACCUUGAAGACACAGAAAUCAAAGGGGACAUUCUCUUCCUCGGUCAUUAUGAAUCUGAAUUUGAUUGGAGCAAUGAAACAGCCAAGAUGGGGAAAGUGUUUACUCAUUUCUGUAAGUGUCUAGAUGGUUUCUGGAGAUGCAGGUGCCUACAGAAGACGCCCUUUCACUGACUGGAUAGAGACAGUUGGGUUUUAGGAUGCGCUCCCUGAGGAAGACAGUGUUGCUCGCCAUCCUGGUGUCUGUGGUGCUGGUACUUGCUCUCCUCCAUUCGUGGCCCACUCGGGCUAACACCACCGUGGACGUGUGGCAGCGACCGGGAACAAUUGAAGAAAGGCAUCUGGAGGAGAGGCUCCCAGAACCAGACCAUGGAUUAGGAAACAUCCCCUUUCACGUGAGGGACAAUGUGGCAAGCUUGUUGGCACGAAACAGGUGCGUUUGUGAGGGUGAGAGUGGAGGAGUAAACCUGCCGUUCGCCCAACUCUUGUUCCCCCGGGUGUCCGCUCACCCGCUGCACACCGCCUUUGAGGCCUCUGAGCUGGAGGAAAUGAAGAGGAGACGGGCCAAAGAGUACAAGAGUUUCCAGGAGAGGACACAGACGCCUGCUGAUCUUCUCAUCAUUGCAGAAGCUAACAAUCCCUUACAGUAUCCAACACAAGGGGUGGAAGUACGACCUUUGAGAACAAUCAUCAUCCCAGGCUUGGCCUUACACAACCUUCCCAGAGACCCCUACUCAAUAAACAUCAGCGCCACGCUAGGAACGCUAAACUUGGCAGCAGAGGUGGACGGGGUCAAAAUCAAAGGCGAUGGCGAGAUGCGCAUGACUCUGUCAAGCAGCCUGCUGCUAAAUCUGAACCGACAGCUGCAGUUUGUCACCUACACAAACACACUGUUCCAUCCCAGCACAGCAGACACAGUGCAGUUUGAGACAGAGGGGCAUCAAGCCACCUUCAGUAUCAAGAUUCGUCACGGUGUAACACCCAAACUGUACAACACAGGGUCCAAAGGAGAGUACAACGUCAGUGCCCUCGUUACCAUAGCUACGAAGACUUUCCUGCGGUAUGAUAAGCUUCAAGAUCUAAUCAACAGCGUGAGAAGAUACUAUCCUACCGUCACUAUAGUGAUAGCUGAUGACAGCGAAAACCCCAAAACCAUUUCUGGGCCUUACAUUGAACAUUACAUCAUGCCUUUUGGAAAGGGAUGGUUUGCUGGACGAAACCUGGCCGUCUCUCAGGUGACCACAAAGUACGUGCUGUGGGUGGAUGAUGACUUCAUCUUCACGGCCAACACCAAGCUGGAGAAACUGGUCGACGUUUUAGAGAGAACCACUCUGGAUCUGGUGGGUGGUGCAGUGCGGGAGGCCACAGGUUACACUGCCACCUACAGGCAGACCAUCUCCAUUGAGUCAGGGGAGGAGGAUGGUGACUGUUUACACAUGAGGAGAGGAUUUCAUCACAUCAUCCAAGGCUUCCCCAACUGUGUUGUGACUGACGGAGUCAUUAACUUCUUCCUGGCUCGCACCGACAAAGUCCAGCAGGUCGGCUUUGACCCGCGCCUCGCCAGGGUAGCUCACCUGGAGUUCUUCAUCGAUGGAUUGGGAUCUCUCCACGUGGGCUCUUGUGAUGAUGUCAUUGUCAAUCAUGCGACCAAAAUCAAACUUCCCUGGGUCAGCCAAUCAGAGAGUGACAAGACUUACGCCAAGUUUCGUUACCCGCCGGCCUCCUCUGACGCCACACACACGAAAAACGGCCUCCUGUACUUCAAGAACCGAUUUCAGUGUUUGACUCAUAAUUAGUUUCUCUCCUCUUUAUCCUGAGGGUUCCUCUGCUCUUCCUGAGUUGCCAAAGAAGUUCUCCUCCACCACGUCCCUUCAGACAAGCCUUCAGCCACACAGUUGGAUUUGCCUUUUCUUGAUCUGAGAAAAUGUGCUAUCAUAGCAGUUUUAGCAUGUUUAUUCUGUCAGUGCUAAAAAGUCCUCAUACCAAGAAGCCAGAUAUGAAAGUCCAGGCUCUCUAGAGAGUAGAGAAUAAUUUAUAGUAACAAACAUAUCAUCUUGAUGACACAGACCCAGUUAAAUCAGCAUCAUCGUGAUCUAUUCAACACUUUUUUUUAUCUGGCUAUACAUCCUCAAAUUGUUCUCACACAAAUACCGAGCUUUGGGAAAAACCCAACAAGUAGCAUCUUCCCAGUCUGAGUCACUUCAUUGUCAUUCUAGGCUAAUGUGAGCAGAGGCACAUGUGUCCUCCUAAGAUUUGCACUAUCCGGGAAAAAAAAGACUGCGCUUGGAGAAGCAAUAGCGAUGUCAGAGAGCCUGAGAACGAGGACAAGUUGACACUUAGCAGAAAGUGUGAAUCCUGUAGACACAGAGCAUACUGUAAGUAUUCUAUUCACCAAUGUCACAUGAAGAACGCAUUCAGAACUUUUCCACCUGUGGUACACUCGCUCCGUGCCCUACCGGUCGUGCCAAAGGUUUGGCUGCUGGCUUUUGGGUGUUUUUAUCUCCCCCCCCCCCCAACCCCCCUUUACCCGGAAUCCUAUAUGUCUUUUGUGAGCAAUGAAUCACUUCUGCGGAGAAGAAACUUUCUGUCCUAUAAAAUCUGGUGUCACCUGAUCUGGGAGCAACCUUGUUUGUAAGUCUUCUGUUGUCUGUCACUCUCAAAAAACAUCUAAGGAAGUGGAGCGCUUCUGUCCAGUGCACGCUGAUGAAUGACAAUGGAAGUGAUUUGCAUCUUUACGUGCUGCCUAAAUCAAGAGUUGAAUGAACCAAAGUGCAUGUUCAUUUUUCUUCAUUAUAAGAGAAGAAAGGAGAAAAAAACAAGCACAGUGAGACAGUUUAAAGAGGGUUUGGAUAAACAUCUUGAAACAGAAUGAGAGAUGAGAGAAAACUAAGUGAGACAAAGUCACUAAUGAGACAAGGUGAGGCGGUGAAGCACCGAGGCUUGAAGAUCAUGUUUUUAUAUCUACUCUUUGGAGAGUUGUAUGUCAAAGACUGUGUGUGGCACUCAUGCCUGAAGUGAUAAUGCUGUCGUUUUAUAACAUGGCCUUUAGAUGGCGCCUUUGCAUCACUUUCAUUUCCUAAUGAGUUAAAUUAGUUUUUUUUUAACAUUUAUUUAUUAGCAAAGAGGUGCCAGAGAUUUAUCAGCUGAUGUUUUGUUUUUUUAAAUCUCGAGAAGAAUAUUUUUAAACAAUUUUUUGUGAUUGUUUUUGUCAGUUAUGGAUUUUUCUUUAUAUUGACCAAUAUGUGACGUUAGCUCUGUGGAGAGGAGUCAGAUUGAAACUUCAUCAGUGACAGUAUUAUAAAAGGCUUUUGUGUAAUUGUGUGUUGAAAAACUUGUCUCAUAUUAAGAUUUGUACUCUAUUUGUCGUCAGAUCUAUAGUUGAGCUGCAAAACAUUUUUUUUUUAACUGAUAUUUAUUGCGUUAGAACAGCAACUAACUUGCUUGCUUCACCCAAAAACCACUGGUGUAAGUCCUCUGGUCACGGCAUUAUGAGCAUUUUUUUUAUUUAUUUCAGAUGUUGAUAUAUUAAAAUAUCUGUGGAAAUGCCUCUCUUUCAUUGCCCAGGGAGGGGGAAAGAAGGGACAGGUUCAGUCUACAUUAUAGUAAAGUGUCUUUCAAAGCAUUCCUGCUGACCUCCAAAAGUUUGUGACACUUAUUAAACAAAAAAA